UGAAUACACAGUGAGUAUAGGAGUAUAGGAGUGAAUGAGUGAUAGAAAUGUUAUUGUUUUGACAUUUGAUUUCUAAUGAUAACUAAAUUGUGAACCAAUUGUUGCCAUUAUUUCGGUACUAAUUAUUGAUUUGAUUAACACUUAAGACAUAUAAUAUGAUAUAUUGGACUAACAAUACAAUCAAUUGUAUUAAUGAUAUAACCAUUUAUGUGAUAUUAUCUUUGGCUACAAACAGACGAAUCAAUUGUUGACAUAUCAUAGUCUGUGUUGUGUUUGUACGGCAAUUGUGUGGCCAAAGAUGUCUUCAAAUAAAAACUCGGACACCGUUUGGCAGGAGUUCUUGUCUUCACUUUAUGACGACAACACUUAUAGGGAGUCUGAAGAUAAUGAAGAAGUGAGUGAUCCAGAGUUUUGCAUCAGCGAUGAAAUGCUUGGAAUGGUUGAUGACUGGGAUUUCAAAGAUGACAGAGCUAUCAAAGUGACUGACCAUGAACUGGAUCUACUUCUUGAUGAAGACAAUGACACUGAUAUGGAAGUGCAGAGUCUGCCCAAAGUUACCAUUCAAACUAAAAGUGAAAUAACAAACAAUAUCUUUGAUGAACAAAGUGUUAAAAUAUUAGUAACUCAAUGGUCACAACACAUCCAACUGUUGGCUCAGACUUACUUACAAUCAGUUAAUAUGACUUCUUUGGAAUCGGUAGCGGAAAAUGCAAAGAAAAUGUUGGAAGAAGUGAAGGAAUCAUCUGAUUUACAAACUAAUUGUAUUUAUAAUUCAUUGAAUAUCAAUCCAAUGGUUGAACUUAUAACUGAAUAUCCGAGUGACAGAACAUCCAAAUUGAAUCUAACGAUGCAUUCGUGGCGAUCACUGCCCGUUACGGCGAUAAACAAAGAAAUUUAUCUCUCAAAUCCUCACUUAUUUACAUACACUUGGCUUUUGCCGAAUUGCGGUUAUUAUGGCACAAGAGUUGACAAAAAUAACAAAACAUUGUUUACUUUAGCUGAAGACCAUUUGAUUGCAUUGGGUUUGGAACAGUUGACACCUUUAUAUUCAUUGAGACAAUGCUAUCGAUAUAUAAGACAACUUUUUGUGCCAAACAAAACUGUGGAUCAAAUUCGUACUCAUAUUAAGAACAUCAAGAGAAGAGCUAAAGAAGAAAAAGAUAAAAAUAAUUGUCAAUAUUUUCAGUAUAGAGAUAAUCCUAUAAUUGUUCAAAGUUUGACCGGAAAGGCACCGGAAACUCAUUCGGGUAUUAUUGAUCCUGAAUUGGAUACCUAUUUACAAUAUAAGACACCUCCACAAUGGUAUGAAAAGGCCAUCAAAAUGAAUAAAUUCAAUUAUGAUAAGCUCUUAACAUAUGAACAAACUGUGGAUAAAAAUUCUGAUACUCUUUGGCAAGAGUUCUUGACCUCUAUUUAUGACGACAAUACAUAUAAAGAAUCGGAUGAUAAUGAAGAAGCUAAUGAUCCUGAGUUUUCUAUCAGUGAAGAAAUGCUUCAAAUGGUUGAUGAAUGGGAUUCUAAAGAUUCAUUGACUUCCAAACUAAUGACAAAGUCUAAGAAAGUAGUGAAGACAACACAAAUGCCACAAAAAUAUUCAACACAACAACAGUCACCAGUAAAACAAUGCAAUUCAAUCGUCAAAAAGUAUAAAUAUCUUAACAAUAGAGUUAAUCCAAUGAAACAAAUACUAACUAAUUAUAAAAAAUUGCCGUUAAAUCAACAAAAUUUAUUAUCAAAUGACCAAACAAUACAAGACAUUGAGUUGAACAGUGAAGAUAAUAUUUUAAACAAUAAUAAAAAUAGUAAUAAUAGUAACAAUAAUAUCAAUGAAGAUGCCAUUGAAGUGUCGGAUGUAAAAGAAAAUGAAAAAUUAAAUGAAAUAAUAGAUCUGGUCGAUGAAGACGGUCCAGAAAUUUGUGUCUUGAAUGACAAUAAAGAAGACAAUGAUAACAAAGAUGACAUCGAAAAGUCAUCUCCUAUUGAUAAUACAGUCAAUGAAGAAGACAUGGAAUUUGACGACGAAUCAGAUUUAGCUGCUCUUAUGACCGCCAGUUCAACGAUCACUAUGAAGAACAAGAAUAAGACAAAAUCAAUCAGUGAUGUCAACAAUUCAUGUGAACAAAACAGCAAUAGAAAAGAGGGCCGAAAGUCUUUAUUGGCUGUCAAACAACGGGAAUCAACUCUUCAAUUGUUAGCAUUUGAUUGCAAUCAAAGCGAUCCAUACGCACAACAAAAGGAAGAAGUGUUGAUUCAAAAUUAUUUGGAAAAAGUAAGGAAAUGUAUUCCAAAUGAAGAUUUCGCCAAAUUUUUGACACUUUUGUCAAAUUUUCAUCAAAAACGAAGUGAGUCUUUGAACACAAGAGGAUUUGCUAAAGAAUUAUGUAAUGAAAUCGAAGAAAUCUUUAAUAAGUCAAACGUUUGUAAUGAAAUAAAGAGUGAAUUUGUAUUAUUUUUGAGCGCAAAUCAGGCAGAAGAAUGUGGCAAAAUGUUUGACUUCUUGUAUUGGAAACGUUUUUUCAAUUUUGCCCGAAAAUUAGAGAUAUAUUCAUUAAAUGACUCACAAUGUCUACAAAGAUUAUAUCGAUCACUGAAUCAAUUGAAACAAAAUUCAGAGAAUUUGGACAAAAAUAAGAUUCGGUCGACAGUUAGUCGAGUAUUGAACGGUCACUCAUAUUUAAUGCACGAGUUUUCGUCACUUAUUUUAGAUGAGAAGCCGAGUGAUUAUCUAUUUGAAGACGAAGACUUUGAUGAGAUAGUCAUCACUAGCAGUGAUGAUGAAGAUAUGGUUGACAUGAGUGAUAACAAGUGCUUCGAAACAAUUAAUAUACCCGAUAAUGAUGACGAAACCAAAUACGGUACCAAUGAGUGUCCGUGCAGGUCAUGUCCCAGAGGACAUACUACUCAUUGCAUUUCUUGUAGCAUACGAUUUAUUGGCGGAAGAGUUUAUGUCACACAAAACCAUAAGAAGUUAGGUUUGGCUGAAAUACAUUUUACAGACAUUAGUGAUAUUAGUUCAAACAAAUUGUCGACAAUUAGUAGUAUUAAAUCUAAUGACGAAAUGAUUGAAGAAGAUAUGACUGAAAGCGAUAAUGAAUUGGAGAUCGAAAACAAUAAUAAUAAAGAAUUGGAUAAUAAUAAUGAAUCCAAAGGAUGGACACUAAAUGACGACAAAUUACUUUUAGAUAUCUGUAGAUCACGUGUUAUUGACGAAAGAUCUAACGAUUUAAGUGAAGAAUUUUUCGAAGAAGUGGCUAAUAAUCUAUCAAAAAGUGUCGCCGAAGUGAUGCAGAGAUUCAAUAAACUAAUGGAUUUGUUUUCUUCAGAACACGAGAUCAGUUAA